CGCGGCCGGGGGGCUUCACGGUGAACGGCAUGCUGAGCCCCCCGCCCGGCGGCCAGAGCCUGGUGCACCCGGGGCUGGUGCGGGGGGACACGCCGGAGCUGGGCGAGCACCCGGGCCACCACCACCACCACCACCAGCACCACCCGCACCACCAGCAGCAGCACCACGGCGGCGUCAACAGCCACGACCCGCACUCGGACGAGGACACGCCGACCUCGGACGACCUGGAGCAGUUCGCCAAGCAGUUCAAGCAGCGCCGGAUAAAGCUGGGCUUCACGCAGGCAGAUGUGGGCUUGGCCCUGGGCACCCUCUACGGGAACGUCUUCUCCCAGACCACCAUCUGCAGGUUUGAGGCUCUGCAGCUCAGCUUCAAGAACAUGUGCAAGCUCAAGCCUUUGUUGAACAAGUGGCUGGAGGAAGCCGACUCCUCCACGGGCAGCCCCACCAGCAUCGACAAGAUCGCGGCCCAGGGCAGGAAGAGGAAGAAGCGGACCUCCAUCGAGGUGAGUGUCAAAGGGGCCUUGGAGAGUCACUUUCUGAAAUGCCCCAAGCCCUCCGCCCAGGAGAUUACGAACCUAGCGGACAGCCUGCAGCUGGAGAAGGAGGUGGUCAGGGUUUGGUUUUGCAAUCGGAGGCAGAAAGAGAAAAGGAUGACCCCCCCGGGGAUCCAGCAGCAGGCGCCGGACGAUGUCUACUCGCAGGUCGGCAACGUGAACUCCGACACGCCGCCGCCCCACCACGGACUGCAGACCAGCGUGCAGUGAGGGGCGCCGCAGUAAGGGCCAGGGGCAGAGGCAGGGGCGAGAAGGGAUGAGCAGGGCAGGGGGGACCGGCACGCACGCACACACACACACACACACGCACGACCCCAGACUUCUUUAGACUGCUUUUUUUUAUACACACAUACAUACAUACAUAUAUAUAUAUAUGAAUAUAUAUAAAUAGAAAGCUCUUGAGAAGGUCCCUCCGAGCGAUAGCUAGCAUGGAUCUGGGGUGGAGAUGCAUCAUGCACCAAAGCUGCAGAUGUGUUGGGUUUUUUCCCCGCCUUCCUUUUUUUUUUUCGGG